UUUAAAAUUUUUUCAAAGGUGUUAUGUCAGUAAAAGAAAUGGAUACCAUUAAGGCAUCAUCUUGUGAAAAUAACCUAAAACAAGUUUUGAAAUCAAAUGAAUGUGAACCAACACAUUUUAGAAAUAGCUUUCACUCUGAUAGAAUACUAGAAGACUUACAAUCUUUACGCAAAAAUGAAGUUCUAUGUGAUAUUAGAUUUGAAACAGAUGAUGGAUGUACAACUUUUGGUCAUAAAAUUGUCCUAAUGGCAGCUAGUCCAUAUUUCUCUGCAAUGUUUAGUAAUUUUGAUGAGAGAAACGAAGAUCUUGUAAAUAUAAGAGAAUUAGAUUCCACCAUUUUACAAGUAUUAGUAGAUUAUAUUUAUACUGGAGAAAUUAUGGUCACAAAAGAAAAUGUACAGGUGUUGUUACCAGCUGCAAAUGUCUUACAGCUAGAGUAUGUAAUUAAUGCAUGUGCUGAGUUUUUACAAAAACAACUGGAUGCAUCUAAUUGUAUUGGUAUUAGAGCGUUUGCUGACUUACAUAACUGUACGGAAUUGUUAGCGAGUUCUGAAACAUUAAUAAAAAAACAGUUUCUGGAAGUGGUUAAAAGUGAUGAGUUCCUAUCUUUAUCUUCUGAAGAUGUGGUUAAGAUUAUCUCCUGUAAUGACCUUGCUGUUCCGUAUGAAGAAAAAGUAUUUGAAAGUGUUAUUAAAUGGGUAAAAAAGGAUUUGGAUCAGAGAAAAGACUUUUUGACAGAAUUAAUGGAACACGUGCGUUUGCCAAUAAUAGCAUCUAGACCUGAUAUAUUAUUAAAUAUAGUAAACGAACCUCUUCUAAAGAAUAAUCCUAAAUGUAAAGAUUUUGUAAUUGAAGCAUACCAUUUCAAUCUACAAAAAUCAGUACAAUAUUUCACCAUUCCACAAACAAUUCGUUGUAAGCCCAGGCAGUUUGGUGACUCACAUAAAGUUAUUUUAAUGUUCAACCGGCCUGAUACAUUGCCAAAGUGCUAUACAGAAUGGUAUGACCCAGUAACCAAACUACGUGAGAAAGCACCAGGAAUAAAUGAUUGUCGUUGGGAAGCUGGUCUUUGUGUUGUAAGAGAUCAAUUUGUGUUUGCUGUGGGAGGUGUGAAUGGUUUAUGUUCACAAUCUGUUACUAUGCUUGAUGUAUCUUCACAAUCGCCCUCUUGGAUUCAAAUGGUCGAUAUAAUAGCAAAACGAAAUCGCUUAGGAGUUGGUGUAUUAGAUGAUUGUAUAUAUGCAGUAGGAGGAUAUGAUGGCAACAGGGCUUUAAAUAGUGUGGAGGUAUUUGAUGUCAGUAAUCAAAAAUGGAGAAUGGUGUCUAGUAUGACAAUUGAGAGAUGUGAUUUUGGCGUUGGUGUACUCAAUAAUCGUCUUUACGCAGUUGGAGGUAGUGAUGGUAAAUUGUGUUUGAAAUCUGUGGAAUAUUAUGAUCCCGUACUUGACACAUGGACACCAGUUGCAAAUAUGUCUGUAGUUCGUCAUGGUGUUGGUGUAGGAGUUUUGGAUGGUCUUCUGUAUGCUAUUGGUGGAUAUAAUGGAAAAAACCUUAAAAGUGUCGAGGUUUACAGGCCAAGUGAUGGAGUUUGGUCGUCUGUAGCUGACAUGGAAAUAUAUCGAUCUUGUCCUGGAGUAGCUGUAUUAGAUGGUUUAUUGUAUGUUUUUGGCGGAGAAAAAGAAUCAUCUAUCAAUGAUACUGUAGAAAUUUACAAUCCCAACACCAAUACUUGGACCUUGGAAAAAUUGUUAAGAAAUGAAGUACAAAUUUAUGGUGGAGUAGUUGUCGAUAGACCACUACAUUUUAUGAACUAAUCUGCAUACACAAUGGUCUCAUUGUUAGUAGAAAUAUGAAUAUAAUUUAUUGCAAAUGUGAAUUUUUCAAUUAAUUUUUGUUUUUGUGAAUAUUUUAUAAAAGUUGUUCUAUAAUUUAAGUUGAUUAUUUACAAAUUAAAUGAAUAAGCUAUAAAGUUAUUUGUACUGCAGUCUAUUCGCAAAAACUUUUAUAAAUUACAAUAUACAUUAUGUCUUUUAGUUUUUGUGCGGAGUGAUGAAUUUAUUGAUUUUUCUAUGAUAUAUUUUGUUUUGUAUUUUAGUGUACACGAUUUAACAUAUUAUGUACUACAAUUAAUGUUUAUUUUACCACUUUACGACCACCUGUGACGAUACAAAUUAUAAACUUUCAUUUUUCAAAUAAGAACCCCUCUUUUUCAUUAUACUGAAGGUAUUUUUGUUAAGAAACUUUAUAUAUCCAAAUCAAAAUUCGAAUGUGUAAUUUUUGAGUACCUAUAUAUUACUUUUUGUAUACUAAGCCACUAUAAGAAUUAUAUUGUGAGUU